GCCAAGAGUCCGAGAUGUCGUUGCUCCUGCCGCCGCUCGCGCUGCGCCGCGUCCUGCUCGCCCGUCCCUGGAGGGGGGCCGGGCUGCAGUGGAAGCACACGCACCCCCUGCAGGUGGCCAAUGAGCCCAUCCUGGCGUUCACCAGGGGGAGCCCUGAACGUGACGCUGUACAGAAGGCCUUGUCAGCCCUCAAGAGCCAGACUGAAGCCAUCCCAUGUGUGGUGGGCGAUGAGGAAGUGUGGACGUCGGAUGUGCAGUACCAGCUGUCGCCCUUCAACCACAGACACAAAGUGGCCAAGUUCUGUUAUGCAGACAAAACCCUGCUCAACAAGGCCAUUGAGGCCUCCUUGGCCGCCCGGAAGGAGUGGGACCUGAAACCUGUGUCAGACCGGGCCCAAAUCUUCCUGAAGGCGGCUGAUAUUCUGAGCGGACCGCGCAGGGCGGAGAUCCUGGCCAAGACCAUCGUGGGGCAGGGGAAGACCGUGAUCCAGGCAGAGAUCGACGCCGUGGCCGAGCUCACCGACUUUUUCCGCUUCAAUGCCAAGUUCGCACUGGAGUUGGAAGGGGAACAGCCCAUCAGCCUGCCGCCCAGCACCAACAGCGUGAUUUACCGGGGCAUGGAGGGCUUUGUGGCAGCCAUCUCACCCUUCAACUUCACUGCGAUCGGCGGUAACCUGGCGGGCGCACCAGCUUUGAUGGGCAACGUGGUCCUGUGGAAGCCCAGUGACACAGCCAUGCUGGCCAGCUAUGCCGUCUACCGCGUCCUCCGUGAGGCCGGCCUGCCCCCCAACAUCAUCCAGUUUGUGCCAGCUGACGGGCCCAUGUUCGGGGACACUGUCACCAGCUCGGAGCACCUGUGUGGCAUUAACUUCACAGGCAGUGUACCAACCUUCAAACGCCUGUGGAAGCAGGUGGCUCUGAACAUAGACCGGUACCGCACCUUCCCACGCCUGGCUGGAGAGUGCGGGGGGAAGAAUUUCCACUUCGUGCACAGCUCGGCCGACGUGGACAGCGUGGUGAGCGGGACUCUGCGCUCCGCCUUCGAGUACGCCGGCCAGAAGUGCUCGGCCUGCUCGCGCCUCUACGUGCCCGCCUCGCUCUGGCCGCAGAUCAAAGGGCGGCUGCUGGAGGAGCACAGCAGGAUCAAAGUGGGCAACCCCGCAGAGGAUUUUGGGACCUUCUUCUCGGCUGUGAUCGAUGCCAAGUCCUUUGGCCGUAUCAAGAAGUGGCUGGAUCAUGCGCGCUCCUCGCCCAACCUCACCAUCCUGGCGGGGGGCAAGUGUGAUGACUCCGUGGGCUACUUCGUAGAGCCGUGCAUCGUGGAGAGCAAGAACCCUCAGGACCCCAUCAUGAAGGAGGAGAUCUUCGGACCUGUGCUGACCGUGUAUGUCUACCCAGAUGACAAGUACAAGGAGACUCUGCGACUGGUGGAUGGCACUACCAGCUUUGGCCUCACGGGGGCAGUGUUUGCCCAGGAUAAGAAAGUCAUUCAGGAGGCCACGGAGAUGCUGAGACACGCUGCCGGCAACUUCUAUAUCAACGACAAGUCUACUGGCUCCGUGGUGGGCCAGCAGCCCUUCGGGGGGUCCCGGGCCUCGGGAACCAACGACAAGCCAGGGGGCCCCCACUACGUCCUGCGCUGGACAUCACCCCAGGUCAUCAAGGAGACGCACCAGCCGCUGGGGGAUUGGCGCUACGCGUACAUGCAGUGAGCUCCAUCCAGACCUCCGUUGCUACCUACCUGCCCGUGCAUCUGUCCAGACUACUGAUCCACUGCACUGGCCCCACAGAGCCCCUGCCCUUGCCCCCCCACCCCCGCCAAACCAAGCUUGGCUCCGCCCUAUGCUCUGGCCCCUCCCACCCUGGUGUCAGGUGCCCAGGCUCAGGUUCCAGAUCAGGGCCCAUCACCCCUCGCCUUAGAAAGCCCACAAGAAGUGGCCCUGGUGCCUGGGAGGCUCUCCCUCUCUGCUCGCCUCUCCCCUGCUCGGGGCCCCUGGCAGACCUCGCCACUCAGAGAAACUGCAGGUGUGUGGGGUACGGCCUGGCUGUGGGACACAGCCUUUCCUGCUGACCUUGCCCUGUAUGGUCAGGGCUGCCCACCUUGCCCGCUAUACCACUGCCCAGGCACCCCCUGAGCCAGGGGCCUGUGCCCAGCCACGAGCCUUACACAUACCUGCUGUGCCUUCCAUCCGAACCAGCCGCAGCAGCUGCACACAGGCAGGGAUGGGGCUGCUGGAGACCGCUGCCAAGGUGUGGGCUGCUGUUGGGGAUUUCCUGGUCCUUCCUGGAGAUGUGUUCCCGCUGAAAGCCCAUUCCAGGUCCCGAGUGCAACAGGCCCCUGGCAGAAGUCACCCCUCUUGGCUAGACGUGGCCAGUUGGUGGUCGUGGGUAGAUUCCUGCUGGCUGUGUUCUGGGCAUUGAGGGCUCACUCAGACAUGACUUUCCAGGGCUCUGUGGCAGUUUGAUGCCUCCCCAAGGACUGCUGCCUGCUGAGCUGGCAUAGCUGGUUCCUCGUGCCCCCAUUUCACACUGUGCCCUGCUGUCAGGAGUGGGCACCAAUGCUACCGGGCCUCCCAUGGACUCCAUUUCAUGUGUUAUUGAGGAUGUGGCUGGAGGUGACCCCCUGUUCUAUUAAUAUGUACUGUGAGGGCCGUGGGAUGUGCCCAAUGCCACCCAGUAAAUACCCAUUGUAUAGCCAGA